CUUAAAAUUUAUUGAGGUAGGAAGGCAGGAGUAAAUAUAUUGAGAAUUGUUUUCUUUCCGAAACAGAGAGAUCUGUUGGUGUCUGACUUUUUCUCUCCUCUCUCUCCCUGUGUGUUUCCAGACGUUACUGUGUUUUAAGGGUGGAACUCAACGGUAUCAAGAUACUCUUAAGGCAGUCUGGGUGUAUUGCAUCUCAUUGAAAUCAUGGGUGUGGAAGUGGAGACUAAGUUGGAUCUUGCCUCUGUUGAAAACGCAAGUGAUACCAAUGCUUGUUUGAAGGAAAAUGGUUCUGUACCUAAUGAGCCCAUAAAAUUUGGCUCCCAUGGCACUGAUGAGCCAAUCAAGCAAGAGGUAAAAAGUGCUCCUUCAAUCAACCUUCCCAAGGAUGCAGUGGUUGAGGAUUGGCCUGAACCUCAGCAGAUGCAUUCGUUCUAUUUGGUUAAAUACCGGUUGUUUGAAGAUCAGAAGCUUAAGGCCAAGUUGGAACAUGCUGAAAAAGAGCUGCAGAAAAUUAAUCAAGCACGAAGCCAGAUUAUUGACACCCUGAAAGCAAAAAGGGCAGUUCGCUCGGAACUGUUUAUCGAAAGGAAGCCUCUAAGUGCUGAAAGAGACCAGUACAAGUCACAGAUAGAUGAUAAUAAAAAAGUGAUGAAACCUCUGCAUGAAGCUUUAGGCAAGUUACGAGGUACUAACAAUGGUGGUGGUAGAGACCGAGGAUAUAUUUUUUCAUCGGAAGCAGAGCUCAAUAACUAUAUUAAAAGUCUGGAAUAUCGUAUCGUACACGAAAGCAUUCCGUUGAGUGAAGAGAAGCAAAUCCUUAAAGAAAUUAAACAACUUGAAGGAACACGAGAGAAAGUUAUUGCCAACGCUGCUGAGAUGGCCAGAAUUCAGGAAUCAAUGGGCGAAAAAGAGUCUAUUCAAAUUCAGGUCAAGCGUAUAGGCAGUGACCUUGAUGGAGUCAAAAAGAAGAUAAAGGAAAUUGAUGAUGAGCUUGAUGCAAUGAAGAAUGAUAUCGAGAGUUUGGACAAUGAAUUGACUGCUCUAAAUCUGCAGAAGGGGAAAAUCCAAGAACACAUUAUGGAAAUCCGGAAACAACGUGAGGAAGGGAAUUCAUCAUUCUACAUGUUCCGGAAGCUCAAUUUUGAAGCCAGGCAGCUUGCAGAUAAGAAGGAUAUUGCUUCCCUAAGGCAGCUUAUUGAUACUGAGGUUGAGAAAUUUAUGACCCAAUGGUGCAGCGACAAGUCAUUCCGAGAGGACUAUGAGAGGAGAAGUUUGCAAUCACUUGAUAUGAGGCAGUUAUGUAAGGACGGUAGGAUGAGAAAUCCUGAAGAGAAGCCAUUGCUUUUGCAGGAGGCACCCACCUUGCUGCAGCCUGCAACAACCGAAGCGGUGAAAACAAAUCAGAAAGCAUUAAAGGAGGUUCCAGGUCCUCCUUCACAACCUGAUGCUUCCCUUCCCUCUGAACCUCCUAAAGAAAAGAAGAAAACCACAAAGGGUUCUUUCGGGGCUAAUGUCCCUGAUGAUGAUGACAAUGAGGAAAUCCCGGGGGUAACUGAUCUCCCGAAGGGUUCCACUGAUAAGAAGGAUGAAGUUGAUGAAGAAACAUUGAAGCAGAUAAAAAAAGAGGAAGAGAUUGCGAAAUAUAGGCAGGCAAUCGAAAGGAAGAAGAAGAAGGAAGAAAAAGCAGCUGCAAAAGCUGAACUCAAAGCGCAGAGGGAUGCUGAAAAGAAGCUCAAGGAAAUUACUCUUCUCCUUGAAUGUUGUUCCAUUAAGAAAGCAAAAAAGAAGGGUGGAGGAGUUGCCAUUGCUACUGAUGAAUCAACAGAGGAGGCAAAUGAGGUUGCAGCUACUGAGGAUGCCGAACAAGACAAGUCAGAUGAGAAAGGCGUUGAGACAGCUACAGAGGUGAAGUACAAAGAGCAGCAGAAAGCAGGUGCUCUGAGGCAGAGGACGCGUUCAAAGGGAUCAUCAGACAUUCACAAAGUCAUACUCAAGCGUAAGAAGGCAGCAAGCUAUUGGGUAUGGGCUGGUCCGGCUGCUGCUGUUGUUGCAAUUUUGCUGCUCCUAGCUAUAGGUUACAAGUUUUUCGCCUAGUCUUUUGGCGGAAAAGCUGAAAGCUGAAAGACUUCUCUGCAUGUGGUGAAACUGAGUCCCCAUUUCUUUGUUUGUUUGAACAUUUACGGAUUUCACAAGCACAAACGGCGGUUAUACACAACCUGUUUUGUUGUUUUCAUUUUGAGUUUUGACAUUCACCUGAAUUUCGUUAGUUUGAUGUUCCUGAGCGUACUGCCAUGUGACAUUUUACUUGAGGACCAAAAAGAUACUAGCAUUCUAUACUUACGUAUGUGUAUUGGCAAUAAUUUUGGUCUAGUCUU